ACUUAAUUUCGACCGUUGUGAAGCGACAACCCCCGUUUUAAAGGUCUCUUUCCCCGAUUCCAUCUCAUCCAAGUCCUUUCUCCACCGAACCUCAGGAACUAGCCGUUGCCCGCACCUCUCCACGUCGCGCUUCCCAUGGACUCCGCCACCGUGGCGCUCGCCAGCCCCGCCUCCGACGACCGACGGUUCUGGGACCGCCUCCGCACCCGCGUCGACACCAUCCUCGAGGACCGCCGUGGCCUCCCGCCAGCCGCCGCCGCCGGUGCCCCCAUGCGCGGGGUGGAAUCUGAGCGGGGGAAGCGGCUCCGGGAGGACUCCCUGAUGCUCGUCCGUGGCCUCGACUCUGUGGCGGAGUCUCUGGCACAGCUCUCCGACACCCUCACCGCCGCGCAGAAGGGAGUGAGUGCUCUCGCGACCUGCUCUUCGCAGGCGAGGGGAUGCGAAGGCGGCGCCUGCCCCUGCCCCGAGGAGGUGAAGGCAGAGGAGGAGGAGCCCAGGGCGAAGCGGAUGUGUGGCGGCUCCACGGAAGAUUCUCCACGGAACGGCCUGGACAGCAAUUCUCCGGCCGCUGGAGAGGAAACGGCGGCUGGUCCUGAUGGUCUGGGGAAGGGGAAUGUCCAGGCCUCUGCUGAGAUCGCACAGAGCACUAACCUGAAGCGGGCCAGAAGUCUGGCGGUGUCAAUGGCAAGCAGAGCCGCUGCACUCGCUAGGGAGCUCAAGAACAUCAAGUCAGAGCUGCACUUCAUGCAGGAGAGGUGCGGUUUGCUAGAGGAGGAGAACAAGAGGCUCAGAGAGGGGUGUGACAAUGGAGUUGCCCCUGAAGAAGAUGACUUGGUGAGGCUGCAACUGGAGGCUCUGCUUGCAGAGAAGUCGCGUCUGGCGCAAGAGAACGCCAACCUGACGAGAGAGAACCAGGGCCUGAUGCAGCUGGUUGAGUAUCACCAGUUGGCAUCCCAGGAUCUGGAUGAGUCCUAUGAGGAUGUUAUGCAGGGGAUACGGCUUGACUUCUCGUCACCGCUGGGGAAGAUCAGCGACGAUGAAGAAGGCGAGCGCGACGAUGAAGUUCCGGUCACCCCAGCUGAGGUGCCAUGCUCCCCCGACGAGUAGGCAGGCGAACGGGAGGAAUAAGAUGGGUUUUCCAUCGAUGGAAUUCCUUUGUACCAGGUGCCAACAGUAGGCAGUUUUUUUUCCUAUGUGAUCACUACCGGUGGCCAGUUUUUGAUGUUUCUAUGAUUUAUAUAAAAACUUCUAUGUGUAGCAAUUUUAUAUGAUGCAUCUUGCACACGACAAGUUCGCAGAAACAGAUUCUGGUUACAGAUAAAAUCUGAGAUACCCUUUUGAGUG